AUGGAAUCUUCCGCUCAUGAAAAAGACGAACUCGAUCUGCCUAAAGUUCAUCAGCUCCGGGAAAGCCGAAAGAAACGUGAAGAACUGUUGGACGGAAUGGAAGGAGGCAAAAAUAUUUAUGGAGGAGCCGAGUUGGUCAACUCGAGAGAUGCCCAGAUACAUUUAGGAGUGACGGAAGCUGAGGACAGUACCUUCGCGAUCAUCUCCGGAGGCGGAUGGUAUAAUACUAUUAUCCAUGAUGCAGGUCAUAGCAAGGCUGGGACAGGGUCCGGGAGCAUAGACCCCAGGGUUGUCACGUUAGAGAGAAGGUGGGUUAUCCUUGGGAUGCAUGCAAAGGCCACAAUCUCGGGCAAUCGAGGGUGGAUCCUUUUAGUGAAUAUUUAUUAUUAUUUAGGGGUGGCGUUGGCAGGAGGGAAGAUUCGGAUAGGCGGUAGAUUGGCGCUACAAGGUACUGGCGAAGUACUAGUGGGCUCCUCGCGAGACUCGGCCGGAUCUAAAAGUGUUGACCAAGUGGCUACGAACCAACAGUCUCCUACUCCUGGAUACCCAGGUGCUCAGCUUGGUUCUCCUGAUCUGCUGUCACGUCGAUCACCCUUGCAUAACAUCAGCGGCGGACAAAUAACAGAGGAAUAG